AUGUCUCAGGAAAAUAGCGAGGCUACGGCCACCAAUUCUAAAGUGCAUCACAAACCAAGGCAAAGAGACAAAACUAAACGAGGGAAAGAUCAUUUUCAGAACCGUGCGAAUUCCAAUUCUUCGAAAUUAAGCAAGCAAAAAAAUGUACCUCCUCCUUUUUCACAACAACCAGGCGAUGACUUAGAGUUCAAUAUUCAGGACGAGCUGGUGAGUGGGAACUUUAAGGCGAGGGGUCGAAAAACCCAAAUAUCUAUCAACCACUUGCUGGACUUCCAGCUUCCCGAAAGGGCAAAGGAAGCAGCUCCUGUGGUCGCAUCUGCUAGAAGAAAUAAUAAAAAAGUGGAAGACUAUAUUCACUUACAGGGCGAGUCAUUCAUCAACGCCAACUUCAAGUUUUUAGUUGAUGAUCGGUUUACGUACGAAGAACAAAGUUUGGAUGCUAAUAUUUCCAUACCACGAGAGAAAAUAGUUCGCAUUGAGGUAGUAAAGGGCCAAAGUUGUCCCAUAUGCCUAACUGAAGAUAUUGUUGCCCCUCGGAUGGUAAGUUGCGGGCACCUGUUCUGUUACACAUGUAUGCUAAGUUUUUUUGCCUCAGAUCAAGAACCUGCUAACGGCGAUACGGGCAUUUUGCCUAGAAAGAAAAGAUACAAGGAAUGCCCACUCUGCAGUUCUAUUAUUCGUAAAGAAAAAUCCGUUCCCGUGCUUUUUGUUGAGCCUAACGAAUCUCUAGAAGUUCCCCAGGUCGGUCUGUGGGGUUCUUUUCAACUAAUGUGCAAGCCCCAUGGUUCAAUGCUUCCCUUACCUGUAAGUUUGAACCUUAAUCCUGUAUCACUCGAUCAUUUUCCUUCAGCAGAGUUAACAGAGCUCGCACCCUUUUCACGAAUCAUGAAAUGCAACUUGCAGUAUGCUAUCGAGCUAUUCAGGAAAGAGCUGAAUGACAUAAAAAUGCAGCAUGAGCUUGAUCGUGCUAUUUAUAAUGAUGACGGCAAGUUUUCCAAGCUUGCUAUUGAGGAGAUCAGCCAACAAAUCAGCUCCUCUGAACUUGCGGUCUCACAAUCUGAAGCUACAUCCUAUGCCUUUUCCCAUUUAUCUUUGGAGGCUGGCCUGGAAAAGUUCAAUGAUAAAAAUGCUUUCUUCUUCUAUCAAACUGCAUUCGAGGCUAAUACUCGAUAUUUCUUGUCACCGCUUGACGUGAAAGUACUGCUCACAGCAUUUGGGCAGUAUUCUGAAUUUCCUCCAGUAUUAGGGGCACAUAUUGAGGACAUACACUAUGGCGCGGUUGUUACAGAAUCGCUGAUUCAGAAAUACAAGUAUUUUGGCCACUUGCCUAUUGGUAGCGAUGUGACAUUCGUCGACCUGGAUUGGCGCAGCGUUGAAAUAUUACCCCCUCAAGUAUAUCAAAAAUUUGCCUCAGAGCUCAACUCAAGACGCCGCAAGUCGACAUGGAAAAAACAACGCGAAGACAAGGAAAAGCGACGUCAUGAAAAGCGUCUUGAGCAGCAACAGGAAGAGUUCUACAUGCGAGAGAACGGAAACUCUCCAGAUCCGAUUGUAGCUCCUUCUUUAAUGCCAUCAUCGUUGCAACAUAAAGUUCAACGAGCGUCAGAGGAAGGGUCUGAACUUCAGCCCAGGAUGCAUAACAAUCCACAGAGUGGGCGCCCGUCUUCAUCUCGCCUGAAGAAGACAAUAUGGGGAACCUCCAUUCCAACUUCAGAAAAUCCAGCUCAAAAGAAUCAGGAGGACACAGAUUUUGAGAAGAUGCUUGAAAAUUUGAAUCAACAGCAAAAUACAAAGGCUAGUGGAAAGAAAAAGAAGCGCAUGGUGACGUUGCUGACGUCUAACCCGUCUCGUGGAUCAUUGUGA